CCAACAUGUUUCCUUCCGAUUCUUGACAACUCGACGCACUCAAUAAAAUCAUACAGAAAAUGGUCUUCAUGCGCCAGGAAUGGGCUAUUCACACAAUUAUUCAAUGACCUCACCCACACAACAUUACAAUCAUCACGGGUCCCAAGUGGGUUCGACGCAGCUUCCUCCUUUCUCCGCUUUACAAGGGAUGGCACCUCCACCUUCGCCAUUUUCUGCGCAAUCACAUCGACCGUCGUCAGGGCAUUUGCCCCAACCACCAUCGCCCCCGCACCACGCGCUUCCCAUCUCUCUCCCGCCGAUGUCCCAGGGCCAGCCGCCUCGCAACAGUCGAUACUCUCAGAGUAACGAUCCUGCAUACUCAGAGACUUCCCACGGCUCGGGCGGUCACCCUCACUACUCAGAUGCUUCACCAGGCCGAAUGCAACCCCACCUGCAGCAGCUACAGCCAGGAUCAUCACAACAGGUUCACCGCACGCUUCUGCAUCACACUUCCCACCAUCGUCAAAACGUGCCUUCGUCCAACGUGACUUCGGUCGAAUCCUCCGAUGACGAGGGUGAACUGCCGGCUUCAGGACUAGCACGUCCCCUUCCUGCUUUACAAGACCUCGCCGCACUUGCCACUCAACAGGCCGAAAGGGGUGAUACGGGUAGUGCCAAUCGAACACGCAGCCCAUCUCCCGAGAAUAGUGGAUCUGGGCGUGACCGGUUGCAAGGAGGAAGAGCCUCGAAGCGCCGGAAAACGGUGCACGCAGCACGCAGCCUUCGAGACGCGAGAGAGCAGAAGCAUCAUCCAGACGUUGUCACAAAAUGUUUGAUAUCUGAAGAAGAAGCGCGAGCUCUUUUCCAAAUAUUUUACGAUGGUUGCUCAACGUUCCUUCCAAUUUUUGACAAGGCCCGGGACACUUAUGAUGCGCUUCAUGAGCGCUCACCGUUUUGCGUUAAUGCCAUUUGUAUGGUAGCCGCUAAGGUCAGGGAUGGUGGAGGCCCUGAAGGCGAGAUAUUCAAGAUUUGUCAGGAAGAAGUGCGAGGGAUGGCUUGUACGACCCUCUUUUCACCUGUCUCUCGGCAAGAAGCAAUACAGGCUACAAUCAUUGUUGCAGGGUGGUCGUCUGAUGGGGGUUGGCUCUCUUUAGGGCAUGCUGUCCGCAUGGCGUUUGAAUUCAACAUGCAUAAAGCUUGGCCGAAACUCCUGAAGAAGAUCCGUGCACGGCACCAAAAAACUCUUGGGGAAGAAGAUUUGCAAUUCGUUAUUUCCACCAGAACCUGGUUUUGUCUUUACCUCUACGAGCAUCAGUUGUCGUUCAGUACUGGUCGGCCGGCCAUCCUCCGCGAAGAUGACUCGGUGGCGGACUGCCGUGAAUUUCUCCUACAUCCUCUGACGAUCCCCGAUGACACACGUCUUGUUUCCAUGGUGGAACUUGCUAUGAUUCGUGAACGCUUGCAUAAAAAAUUGUCCCAUUCUGCUGAAGAGUCGACUUCUACCCCGCCUGAUGCCUAUGCCACUCUCCACAAAGCCAAUCAGGACUUCCAGCAAUGGAACGAUUAUUGGGAUGAGGAAUUUGCUCGCGGACACUAUCAGGACGUCGAGUGGCAGAACUUCCAGCGGCAAAGUUUGCAAGUUCAGCGAUACUUUGCAGAACUGUUCCACGGUGCGUCGGCACUGAGAGGGAUCCGAGGGAAGGAGGAUGUUCCCGGGCUGCCAAAGGAACAGAGGGACCUCGCACUGAGAUGUCUCGAAGUAGCGAAGAAAGGACUGGAGACUUGUGUAAAAUCCACUCACUAUAAGGAAGGAUUAAAAUAUGCUGUACACUACACUCACAUGAGCGCGACGUUCGCGGCCUCAUUCUUGAUUCGACUGGCCCGAUUGUUCCCCGAUGAGGUAGAUGUCCAUAUGGUUCGAAACAUUGCUGAAGACUUGGCUAAUGAGCUAUCACAAAUUCCAGCAGCAUCUCGUUAUGCGUUGACAUUACGGAUAAUGUUGAGAAAGGCACACCAACGAAAAGUUCUGCCACCACGUGUCCCCGAGAAUGGCGCUGAAAUGGCUCCCAAUCAUGUCCAAGAAAUGCUUCCACACCAGCCGCCGCUAACAGCAACGAACCACUAUCGAUCACCCUCUGAUCCAAUCCAGCAGCUUACACCUCCCGAUAUGCCUCCUGGCGGGGCGUCAAUACCAGUGCAACACAUAUACCCUCACGAGAUGCUUCGACAGCAGUAUGCUCAAAUGCUUCCUCAGCAUGAGCCGGAGAAUGGUGAAGUUCCUGUCUGGCUUUCCGAAUCGACUUUGGGGGAUCUUAAUCUCGCUCAAUAUUCUCUGGAAGCUUUCAUCGUCCCCGCAGAAUAUGGGGGUGAUCGGAUUUGGUAAACAGCCUCAAUGUAAUCUGAUAGAUGCGUAUCUCUAUAACCUUUGUUAUGGGCUUCUGCUGUAUCUUUGACUGGACAAAAUCAACGCAUGUAGUCGGUACUGUGUUCGGGAUGUAUUGAAUGUCAGUUAUGUUCGUCAGUUUCACGAAGGCAUUAGGCAUUCUAGU